GGCGCCCAAUCUAGUCUACCGCUUCAUCGAGCAGACGCUGCAGCCAGGACCAGCUGUCUCCCUCAAGUGUAUAGCCACGGGCACCCCCACACCCCACAUUACCUGGGUGUUGGACGGCUUCCCCAUCCCUCCCUCUCACAGGUACGUGAAGGGGCAGUACGUGUCGGCGCACGGAGAGGUGAUCAGCCACGUCAACAUCAGCACGGUGCACGUGACGGACGGGGGGACGUACACGUGCACGGCGGAAAACGGUGCUGGGCGCGUGGUGCACUCGGCCCGUCUCAACGUGUACGGCCCGCCGCACGUGCGGCCCAUGGGCCAGGUGUCGGCCGUGGCCGGGGAGACCUUCCUCGUCACGUGCCCCGUGUCCGGCCACCCCGUGCACAAGAUCACCUGGAAGAAAGACGGGGUCCGGCUGCCCACCACCCACCGACAGAGGGUACACGCCAAUGGGACGCUGGUGGUGGAGCAGGUCACCCGCGGCACUGACGACGGCCAGUACUCCUGCACCGCCUCCACCAGGCAGGGCCUCUCCGACACCCAGCUCCUCACCGUCCGCGUCAUGGUGCCGCCCCGCCUGGCCCGCCUGGCCUUCCCGGAGGGGACGCGCGCGGGGAUGCGCGCGCAGGCCACCUGUCUGGUGCAGGAGGGCGACCAGCCGCUGACCCUCGCCUGGGCGAAGGACGGCCGGCCCCUCGACCCUCGCCUCGACGUCCGGACCUCCCAGCUCGACGCCUUCACCUCCAUCCUGGUGAUCGACCGCGCCAACGCCGCCCACACCGGCAACUAUUCCUGCGCUGCCACCAACGCCGCCCGCACCACCACCACUACCUCACGCCUCACCGUCAGCGUGCCCCCUGCUUGGGUGGUGGAGCCAGCCAGUGCCAGUGUGGCUUUGGGAGGCACCGUCGCCCUCCACUGCCUGGCCAAAGGCUUUCCCAACCCCACCAUCGCCUGGCGAAAGGAAACUGUUUCCGGAGAGUUCGUGGGCGUGGCCACUGGUGAAGGGGGCGUGGUCGGGUGGGAGAACGGGACCCUGGCGGUGAGUCGGGCGGACCACCGCCACGAGGGCCGCUACCUGUGUGAGGCCAACAACGGUGUCGGCGCCGGACUCUCCAAAGUCGUCACCCUCAGCGUCAACGAGCCGCCGUGGUUCAGCGUGAGGAGUCAGCGGCAGCAGGUGAUGGUAGGGGGGCUGGCCAGCCUCACCUGUGAAGCCCACGGUGACGUCCCCCUCGCUCUCACCUGGACCAGGGGGUCGGCGCCCCUGCCUCCGCUCCCCAGGUACGAGGUGUCGGAGCGGCAGGUGGAGGCGGGCCAGGUGUCGGAACUGGUUCUCCGGUCGUCCCAUCUCAGUGACUCCGGAACCUAUGUGUGUACCGCCACCAACACUCACGGCGCCCUCACCGCCGACUUCCACCUUCUAGUCCAAGAUGUGCCGGGUCCCCCCUCUGGAGUGACGGUGACAGAAGAGGGGUCACGUCACCUGUCACUCACCUGGACGCCACCUCAGGACUCAAACGCCCCCAUCACUGCCUACAUUGUCACCUACGACGGCCAGCAAUCACCUGGUUUGAGUGGUCCUCGAGAGGUGACGGUGGAGGGCGACCAGCGGAGGGUGCGGCUGGAGGACCUGCAGGCGGCCACCACCUACACCCUGACGCUGGUGGCUGAGAACCGUGUGGGACGGAGCCAACCCUCGGCGCCCCUGCGGGUUACCACGCACGAGGAGCCCCCGACAGGAUACCCUCAGGGUGUUAAUGUGGUGGCGGUGUCGUCGACAGCACUGCAGGUCAGCUGGGACCCCCCGCCCCACAACCUCACCCACGGCACUGUCCUUGGAUACUACCUGGGCUUCAAGGACGACAGCGAGGGUGAGGGCGGGGCGUACAAUUUCACGACGGUGGGCGUGGAUGGCGUGGGCGUGACCAGCGCCACCCUGGCCGGCCUCCGCCCGCACGCCCGCUACGCCGUGGUCCUGCAGGCUUUCAACUCCAAGGGCGCCGGACCCGCCUCCCCGCCCGCCCUCGCCACCACGCUGGAGGACAAGCCCAGCGCCCCGCCAGGUCACGUGACGUGUGAGAGCGUGACGUCAUCGAGCCUGGUGGUGACCUGGUCCCCCCCUCCCCCCCGCCACAGGAACGGCCUCGUCAUUAAUUACCGCGUUUAUUACUCCCACGCCACCCCCCACGAUGGUGUCGGGCGGAGUGGCAGCGUGGUGUCGGAGGGCCAGCGAGCGACACUAGCAGGACUCUUCCCUUGGACGAACUACUCCCUGACCGUCAGUGCCUCCACCAGGGCGGGAGAAGGCACGCCUUCCCACGCCAUCGUCUGUACCACCGACCAGGACGUGCCAGAGUCGCCGGCGCGCGUGAAGGCCGUGGUGUCAGGUCCGCGGGCGGCUGUGGUGUCGUGGGCGCCGCCCUCACGCCCACAUGGGCGUAUCAGCCGCUACACGGUGCACUGGGAGCCGGCGGGUGGGCGGGGCGGCCCCCACAGCCGGCGUGUGGAUCCUCACCUGACUCAUCUGACCCUUCAUGACCUGCCUCACACCACACACCAGGUGUGGGUGACGGCGUCGACCAGGAUGGGCGAGGGGCCGGCCAGCGCCACAGCGGUGGUCAAGCCUUCACACACAGUGCCCGCGGGCGUGUGGGCGGUGGGCGGGAAUGUAACAGCGGCGUGGAAGGAGGACGUGAGCCUGCCGUGUGGGUCGGUGGGCGUGCCGGAGCCCACUCUCGCCUGGACCCACCAGAGGAAGCUCAUUCCUGCCAGACACGACCGCUUCAAGGUCCAGCCUGACGGCACGCUCACCUUGGCUGACAUCCAGCGGGCUGACAGUGGCCAUUACACCUGCACUGCCACCAACCACCACGGCAGUGACACCGUCACCUACAACCUCACCGUCCUGGUGCCUCCUUCAGCGCCGUCGCUGCACGUCACAGAGACCACGUCCUCCUCCAUUAGGGUCCAGUGGAGCGUCGAGGACACAGGGGGCGCCGCCCUUCAGGGGGCCACCCUCCACUACAGGUCUGCUGGCGGAGAGUGGGUGACAGCAGCCGUGAACGGGGAGCAGAGGUCUUUCACCGCCAGGGACCUCCGAUGCGGCACUCUGCACCACUUCUACCUCACCGCCCUCAACCACAUCGGUACAAGUGCGGCCUCAUCAACAGAGGCUGCUCGUACUAAAGGCCGGCCUCCCGAGGCUCCUCCGCAGUUCCAGUUCGUCACCACUAACAGUUCACAAGCGACGCUGUACCUGGCCCAGUGGGGCGACGGUGGCUGCCCCAUCACCCACUUCAGCGUCCAGUACCGCCGGGACUCCAUCAGACACUGGACCACUGUGGGCAGCGAGGUGCCACCCGCCCGCACCUUUGCCGUGGGCGGACUGGAUGCUGGUGCCCGCUACGAACUGCGGGUAACCGCCCACAACGCGGCAGGAGCUACACCUGCCCACUACACUGUCACUACACCAGGCAUGGGACACACAGGAGUGGGAGGUGUGGGCGCUGGUGGGAGUGUGUGGGGGAGCGCCCCGUCCAGCUCCCCAGUGUGGCGUGACCCCCGGGUGCUGGUCCCUGCUGCAGUCUCCGCCAUGGCUCUCCUCCUCACUGUCGCCACCGUCUGCAUCUGCCUCAGGAAGCGUCCCUCCAGCAGCCCGGCACAGAAGGAGGUGCCAGACGGAGUAACAAGCGCAGCAGAGGAGAAGACCGCGAUGCAAGCGCGUGAGGAUGUCUACACCACCGUCAGGAGACCAGCUCCUACACCUCCCCAGCAGCAGCAGCAAGUUAUCAGAGAUAACACAGGAGAGUACAGCGAGGAGGAUCUUUACCCCUAUGCCACAGCAACCUUCCAGAUGGGUGGAGGGAGCCCCCCUCCCCCUGCGCCACCCUCACCGCCCACACACGCCCACCACCAACAACCACGUGGGCAGAAAGCCUUCACAGCUCUGGUCUACCAGGCACCUUCACUACAUGAUGUCGAUUCUCCUAACAUAAAUGAGCGCGAGCCCCGGCCACCGAGGGGGUUUCCUUACGAGGCUUCAGAAACAGAAGAAUAUGGCAGUGUACUUGACGCCGGGUCUGAUGCCCGCUGUCCACCCCAUCACCGCCGCCCCUUGCGUCAUCUCAGGACCAGGUCCCCCGCAGCGUCCGGUUCCCCUAAGACACGUCGGCCGCAGCCUCACCACCAACAGCACACCCUUCGCCCGGCACGCCACCCGAGGAGUCCGGCUGUAGGUCGUCGACUAAGUGAGGGCGGCUCCUCCAUUAGGGACCACACAAGUGAUGCAGAGUGUGACCUGCGCUGGUGAGGACAAUUACUACCGACAUCAAAAAUAAUUAAGACCAUUUGUGAACAGUGAUAUGGUUAGUAAUGAGGACAUUUGAGAAAAUCAAGACUAAUACAACCACCAAGUAAAAAUAAGAUAACCUUGGCUAACUAAUUGGCAACUUGGUAUUACAGCAUCAACAACACUUUGAUACCGAACUGUAGAUGAUGCUCUUUAACACUAGAUCAGUGCCGUUUACGUGAAGGUCUUGGCAUGCAAAGCCCAACAAAGAUUAUAUUAGUACUCUAACCACAGACAGUGAAGGGUGAUAUAAUUUUCUGUUUGCAGAACAGCAACAGCAGUCAAAUCGGGAUUUUUAUUGUUGUUGUCUUUUCUCAGUUUUGUUAUACAGGACACACUAAAUUCAAAUGCAGAAAAGAAGUUUGAGAAGCAUACAAAACUGUGACAAGCUAUCCUAAUUAAACUGAAGUACAGUAUGUUAAGUGUUAAAAUUUUUUACCAUUUUAAAAAUCAUAAACCACACAAAUGAAUGUCUCACACAUUAUAGUCUGUAUUAUUGCUAUACAAUUAUUUUACAUGUACAAAUUUUCAAUAGUAACAAAAAUGCAAGAACUACUGCAAGCAAAAUGAGGGAAUUUACUAUCAGGUUUUCACAAAAAUCCAGCACCGAAUGUAACGAAACACCUAUUUCUGGAUGAUCCUUAGCGACUCUGAAGCAUUCUUAUCGAGAUAGCGCCAUGCAAGGCAAGUGGGUCACAUCAGUCUGUUUGGCACACCGGGAACCAGAACCAAAACCUGGCUCCCCCCUUACAGAGGUACAGAGAGCAAGUGACAAUUCUCCACCCCCACUGGGAAAGCAUCCAGAAAACCAGCAAAGCUUUACAGACAACUGGAGCAUUAACAGAGACCAGAGCCUCAAAUGCCAAACAACUCCACAGACAAGUCACACAGAACAGAAACGUUCAAAACUGGUAUAAUUAUGUAAUUAUUACAUAAUAAUAAUUAUAAUUACAUAAUGAAUGCCACCACCAGGCAACCUGGCUUCCACAUGCAGCCAUCUUUCUUCCAUGUUCUGAAGCUGAUGAACAGCACAUCGAUUAAUCUACUAACCUGGUAGAGAGAAAAAGUCCAGGACCCACCGGAGUUUGUCCAAAAGAUGGCGUUUCAUUACAGUUAAUGCUGGAUUUCUGGGGAAACCUCUGGUGGCUCUGUGAAGCUAAACACAGACAAAAAAUGGGACUUGCCAGGGAGGAGAGGUGGUGUGCACUAGGACAAAGAAGAGAAUCCAGGCCGGAAGAAACAGCCCAAGGCAACACAUGACCAUUUGGGACCAGAGACAUUAACCAGGGUGCCAAAACCCCAAGCCUGGAUAUCAGCCCAGGAUAUGUUAGAGGAGAUUUUGGUCAGUGCAGCAUACUUGUGAACAUCAUGGGCCCAAGAGUAUAUCACAAGCUGGCUAGAUUUGAUGACACUGCAGACAACUUGGAAAACAAGCCUUGGAACAGGGGACCAAGGAAAUGAGAUCAACCAGCAAGGCAUCCACCGAAGCAGAACUGGUGACCCACAGGUAAUGUCGAAGAGUCGCCACCAGACAAGUGAUGCACCCCUCUAGACAAACCCAGCAUCAAUGGACCCCUCUGAAAGAUGGCCAACUCAUUCUUUGCCAGAAAAGAAGGCAGCUAUAAAUGAACAAACCACCCACCAGGACAAAAGGAGGAAAGCCCCCCACCUCUGGAGAAAAGCCUGGUGCAUCCUAACCCUACAGCCAGAGGCAAUAGUCAACAAAAACAUAGCUUUGAGAAAGAUAUUAAAAGCUGAAGGGGGAAUUGUAAAAUGGUGAGAAGAGGCAGGCCAACACCCAGUCAAGAGACCAGUAUGGCUCAGGAGCAGCAUGAGCUGUCUGAAGAUGAAAAAAUGCAUGAAACUACUUGCAGAAUGGAGCCAAGGAAAAGUCAACAAUAAACAGAAGCAGCAGUGGCUUGGUCAAUGCCUAUCGAUAUGACUCAAUAGUAUUAGGCAGGAGAUGCCGAUCUAGAAACAACUAAGAUGAAAAAGAACAAGCCAGCCUUAACGGAAACUUCCAAAAGACAACAAAGAAACAGUGGCAAAACGAACACUAAGCAAUCUUGAACCAGUGAAGUAGUGCACAUAGUUGAGCCUAUCUUCUGAGACAGGAACUGUCAGCCUGUAAAACCAGGUGCAUUUGAGGUGUGAUGGUCAUGUGGGAGGUUGGACAGAGAAUGAAGGUAUUCAAAUCUAAAGAUUGAGGAUAUGCCAUAGGUCUGCCAAGUCCCUCUUUGCCUGGUGACUGCUGCAUGUCAUAUGAACAAACAUGCGAGCCCAAGUGCACCCCAGAACAACCAACAAUCUCCCUAGCCAAGGGUCCAAACAGAGGAGGCAAGAACUCUUGAAUAACCCUAAGUGAAGCUCUCCACCUCGGUGGCCUGGCCUCUCAUGGAUAAACUCCCAAACACACCAGAGAUGUCAGCGCAGGGGCGGUACUAGCGGGCACCCUGGGAAGGAACGCAGAGCACAACAUCUCUAUAAGGAGGCCAGGUUUUGGCUGUGGUCCCCAGUAGGCCAAACAGAAAUCCCACAUCUGAUGGACCCCAUUUGCAUAGAGCAAUCUCUAAAUAGCUUCAGCAAGCCACUGGGGGGCUCCCCCCAGAAAUAAUUUGACCUGUUCGUUACAUAAAGUAUGAGAACUUUAUCUAGGUUUCUAUAUCAAAUACUAUAUAACUAAACUAAUAAUCAACAUUAACAAAAUAUACAAAGAAGCUAUGUAGGAACAUGGCCUCCCCUCCCCGUCCUCCUCCCCCCUGACCACACAACCAAGUACAUUAAUCUACAGUACUGUGUAAAAAGAAAAGUAUUUCCAAAACCCUGUUACUAAUAUUUCAGCAGUUGCUUAUCUGUCUGUAUAAACAAACUAAUUUUAGGAAUCUGAUUUAUAUACAAACAUGAAAUAAUUAAAAGUUAAUCUCUGCUAAAUGAAUGUUAAACCACAACUACUACGGGUCUCCUUUUGUAAUGAGCUGUCAGCCCCCCUCGACUAACUAUAAAUAAAAAAAAGUGCUUCCUAUAAUUUACUGUAUUCUCUAUGGAUUUUCAUCCCAAGAUUACCUUUAAAAGCAAUUGGAAGUAUUUAAACAAUAAAAUAUUAAUGAGGGCAUUGCUUAAACAAUACCAAUCCAAGCACAAGGAACUGAAUACAGUAGUUUCAUGGGUCACAGAAAAGUUGUUGGUUGCUUAUAACUUGGUUGCUUGUACAGCAAGUCCCUUGCCGGGCGCUGGUUACUAGCACGUCCCUUGCCGGGCGCUGGUUACUAGCACAUCCCUUGCCGGGCGCUGGUUACUAGCACGUCCCUUGCCGGGCGCUGGUUACUAGCACGUCCCUUGCCGGGCGCUGGUUACUAGCACGUCCCUUGCCGGGCGCUGGUUACUAGCACGUCCCUUGCCGGGCGCUGGUUACUAGCACGUCCCUUGCCGGGCGCUGGUUACUAGCACGUCCCUUGCCGGGCGCUGGUUACUAGCACAUCCCUUGCCGGGCGCUGGUUACUAGCACAUCCCUUGCCGGGCGCUGGUUACUAGCACAUCCCUUGCCUGGCACUGGUUAGUGUCUGGUCAGUUAGUGUCUAACUGUCUGGUCUCUUACUAAGUCAACAUCAGUUGCUGAUUAGUCCAGCUUCGAUUAGGCUACUCGGAAGUUGUGGCUGGCACUGCUAAAUUUAAAAAAAAAUUCAUGUUAGCCACUAGUUACUGAGUAACUUUAAGUUGCCUGUAAUCUUGUCUAACACUGGUAAACUGUCUCAUUUCCCAGAAGUUCAAAUCGGGCAGUGCAGUCAUAAAUCAGUUUUCCUCUGAUACUGGAUCAGUUAAUCAUCUGAUCAGACAUUAAUCACUGAUAACCCAUCCCAGAAUUAUACGUCUCCUUUGCCUCUUGAGUCUAUCUCUGUGAUAAUAUUGCCAAAUUUGUGAAUGUUAACAGCAAUUUAACUUCAGACCUAUAUCAAUCAUAUAAAGUACUUUGUAUUAAUACAUAUUAACUAUAUAUAUAUAUAUAAAUACACCAAGUAUAUUUGUUCUGUACAUAAAACACGACAUUGUUUUUGUAAAUAACUUCACAAACCUGGUGUUAUGUCUGAACAUGAAUUAUAUUUAUCUAAAUCUAUUUAUAAUGUUUCCAGCAUACAUUACAGAUUGAUUAAAGUUUAAUUUUAUCCUACAUUUUGGUCAUAAUACAGCUGCAUCAAUAACCAAACCCCAUACGUAUCACUGUGGCACUAUCUCUGAUAUAGGUGUUUAUAUUGGGGUAUCUUUAUACAGAUUACUCAUUAACUUUUCCGUUUGUAUGCCCUUGAUGUAUUUUUAUAAUAAAUUCAAAAUACAU